CGGGAAGGGGCGUGCGCUGUGUGUGUGUGUGUGUGUGUCGCCGCCGCCGCCGCUACAGCCGGGGCGGUUUCCGCCGCCGUUUCCCUCUGACUCGGAACCCCUCUCGGGCUGCGCCCUCCCCCUCUGACCCCAUUUUUUCCGCUCGCACCGCAGGCGGGGAGGGCGGCCGGGCAGGAUCCGAAGGGGUCAGCGCGCUGGGGGCACUCGCCGCCGUCCGGACUGCCCCAGCCCGCUCUCGGCGCCUGGGAGCGGCGCCUACAGAACCGGCAUCUCUCCGGCAGCGGCGGCGUCUCCUGCCCCAAGUGCCCGGGAGCAUGCUAUUUACAUCUAAAACGUGAACAUUUUGUUGAAGAAAAGGCAUUGCCAUGAACAGUGUACCGCUUUCUUGGAGUCUUUGUAAAUCCUGCUGGUAGGAUACACACUGAGUAUAUAUUUUGCUUCAAAGACUACCAAGGAAAACUAUUUUGCGAAUGGGAUGAAUAUGCAGCCAUUGACUACUUACCAACUACAAUUUAGUGACUGAUUAACCAGCUGGAGCACUUAACUAGUGAUGUUUCCAUUCUCACAUUAUCCCGUUUGAGUUUGCUAGUCUUGAUUUUAAAAAAAAAAUUCAAAGUGGAGUACCAUAAACUUGAUAUGGAUGGUAAAAAGAAAGACAAGGACAAAUCAGAUGAUAGAAUGGCGCGGCCUAGUGGGCGUUCAGGUCACAAUCCACGUGGCACAGGCUCUUCGAACUCUGGAGUGUUAAUGGUUGGACCUAACUUUAGAGUUGGCAAAAAAAUUGGAUGUGGUAAUUUUGGAGAACUACGAUUAGGAAAAAAUUUGUACACAAAUGAAUAUGUGGCAAUUAAGCUGGAGCCAAUGAAGUCCAGAGCACCACAGCUACAUUUGGAAUACAGAUUCUACAAGCAAUUAGGAUCUGGAGACGGUAUACCUCAGGUUUACUAUUUUGGACCUUGUGGCAAAUACAAUGCCAUGGUGCUAGAACUACUGGGACCUAGCUUGGAAGACCUAUUUGACCUGUGUGAUAGGACGUUUUCUCUUAAAACCGUUCUUAUGAUAGCUAUACAGUUGAUUUCACGUAUGGAAUAUGUCCAUUCAAAGAACUUGAUAUACAGAGAUGUAAAACCUGAGAAUUUCUUAAUAGGACGACCAGGAAACAAAACCCAGCAAAUUAUUCAUAUUAUAGAUUUCGGUUUGGCAAAGGAGUAUAUAGAUCCAGAAACAAAGAAGCACAUACCAUAUCGAGAACACAAGAGCCUAACAGGAACAGCCAGAUACAUGAGUAUAAACACACAUUUAGGAAAAGAACAAAGUAGAAGAGAUGAUUUGGAAGCUUUAGGACAUAUGUUUAUGUAUUUUCUCAGAGGGAGCCUUCCGUGGCAAGGUUUAAAGGCUGAUACAUUAAAAGAACGUUAUCAGAAAAUUGGAGACACAAAACGAGCAACACCUGUCGAAGUAUUGUGCGAAAAUUUUCCAGAGGAAAUGGCUACAUAUCUGCGUUAUGUAAGAAGGCUAGAUUUUUUUGAAAAACCAGACUAUGACUACUUAAGAAAACUGUUUACAGACUUAUUUGAUCGGAAGGGCUAUAUGUUUGAUUAUGAAUAUGACUGGAUUGGGAAACCCCUGCCUACUCCAGUGGGCUCAGUUCAUUCGGACCCCGCACUAUCAUCAAACAGAGAAGCACAUCAGCACAGAGAUAAGAUGCAACAAUCCAAAAAUCAGUCGGCAGACCACAGGGCAGCUUGGGACUCCCAGCAGGCCAACCCCCAUCACUUGAGAGCUCACCUUGCAGCUGACAGACAUGGUGGCUCGGUACAGGACCCCUGCUACAUUCAGUGCACAGGAUGGAUGGUCUUCACUGAUUGGGUUGUAAGCUCAACAAAUGGAGAAUUGAACACAGAUGACCCAACUGCAGGCCGUUCGAAUGCUCCUAUCACAGCCCCUACAGAAGUAGAAGUAAUGGAUGAAACAAACUGCCAGAAAGUGUUGAACAUGUGGUGCUGUUGUUUUUUCAAGCGAAGGAAAAGGAAAACCAUUCAACGCCACAAAUGACUCUGGAAGCAGGCAGAACAUGGGGAAUUACUUUCUUGUUCAUCUGCUGUCUUGUGAUUUAAAAAAAAAAUUAUUUCUGUAAUAACCACAAAUUAUUUUCAAAGACUCCAUCUUAAACAAAAAUGUCAUGCCUCCAUGCUUUGGUUUGGUUGUCCUUCAUUUGUAUUUUAUUUUUCAUCCAUCUCUUCUGGAAGCUUUAAAGUUUUAUGAAACAUGAGUCCUUCUUUGACCAUCAGUAAAUGGACUAGUGAAAUGGUACAAAUGAAUACUGCUCUAUCUUCAGCAAAACUAAACUUCAGAAGCAUUUAUUCUGUCCUAGAAAGCAAUUAGCAGUAUCUUAGCUGAAGAUCAGAUAUGUCAUAAAUCUGGUUUUUGAUGAGUUCUAUAACAGCAUGUUGAAAGCAGUCUUUUCAAGUGGAUAAUGAAAAAGAAAAGUAUAGUUGCCCAAGCAUUUAAAAAUAAUAAAAAGUCUUACCUUAAGAUUUCUUAUUGUCUGUGACAUCUGCAUUGAUUGUUCAGUAUUACUGAUGGUACUGCAGUCCCAAAUUGUAUUGUAUUAGCAUUAAAUCCUCUCCAUGAUAUCAUGGUACAGUCACUACCUGGAGAUACUGAGGAAGAAGCUAGAUGGAUUCAGCUAAUGGCAAUGUUCUAUGCUGUAAUUGCCAAUGAACAAAAAGAUAUCAUCAGUAGACUCUGAGUUUGAAAAUGUGUUUUUGUUGUGGCUCUAAUGGAGUUGCAGCAUAGUAGAAAUGGCAGCAAUGCUUGUACAAAAAUACAAAUGUUUGUAUAAUAUAAGUUGUGCUUGUGGUUACAUUAGACAGGAAGAUGAAAUACCUUCAAAAGAGAGAAAAUAUUUAAGAGUUAUAAAAUACACUAAGAAGAAAUAAAUGUGAAUCUGAUUAAAGUGGAAUGGGAAUUAAAGCCUACAAUUCCCAUGAAGGCUACUGCUGAAUGACAACAUCCUCCUUAAACUUGGAUGUUGAAAAUUUGGAUGUGCCAUGUAACUGUUAGAUCUUGUUGGUAAAUUAUUUUACUCAUUGAUUUUUUUUUUUAAAGGGCAAUGGAAGUGGGUUGAACUUAUACUGCCUUCUCUGUGUACUAGACUGUAGUACCUAAAACUUCGCUGUGGUUUUCUGGAACCUUCUUAACUUUCUGUGUAAUAUUGCAACUGAUGUAAGAUAUUAGGGAAAGGAUGGUUCAGGUACUUUUCCCCCACAGUCCUUUGAAGUGCCUGCAAUAUCUAUAAACCAGCUGUUCUGUAGAAAAGGCAGACCAUUCCAUUUUUUCAAGUCUGCUUCAUUUAAAGCCAUAAUGACAGAGGUAUGCUUUUGUCAUAUUUAGCUGCAAGUACUUGGAGAGAUGGAAUAAAAGGACGGAAGUGGCUAGACAGACUUGUUGACCAAAACUCGGAUUAAUUCUUACAAUUGUUAAAAAAGCCUUCUAGAACUAACUUAUUUUUUUUUUCUGCCAACAUAUGCCUUCUGGUGUACCUAUUUAUUUUUAAAUCUAUUUUGUGGUAACAUUCAAAAUGUGUAUUAAAAUAGAUAAAUGCACACCUUUGAAUUCAUUAUUGCAUUUACAGGAAUUUUAGUUGUUUUUUAUAAUUUAUUUUUUCUUAACUGCCAAAACUGCAAUGCAUUGUUUUGAUGAAUUAUGUGCUCACAUGAACACAAAAACGUGUAAUCUGGUCAUUGUCACUGUUGCUGUUAAUGUUCUUGUUAAAUUUUUGUGUUUGUUAAAAACCUGAACUUGGCCUACAAAAAGUAUAUACUGUAUAACUGGGUCAACAGUUUCCACUCAAUCUGUUUGUAUUACUGAUUGUCUUAAACUCAUGGACAGUUGCAUAAUGUUCUUUAUUUUGAUUUGAGUUGAAAAAGUAGGUUGAUUUGACCAUUCUAAUGUGAAAACCUGUCUUUCUUUGCAGUAUUUGACCAAAUUUGUCACUCCAUAAUAUUUGUAAAUACAUGCAGUGUUGUAUUUCUUAUCAUACAGUUUAGUUUAAUUCUCAAGGGAUGUUUGGCCUGUACAGUGUUUAUAUGAUUUGAACUCCUUACACACAACAAGAUGUGUAUAUUAAUCCAAUUAUGGACUUAAAUAUAAAAAAAUUAUAAAAUCUGUUAAUUUGCUGCAAAAACCAGUAUCUAGACAUUUUUGCUUUUUAGCAAUAUUUUAGCUCAAUUUUAAUGCCGAGGAACAUUUCCUUCUGGCAACACACACUGGUCAAUAAUAAGUAAAGCAGGUAUGUUCAGGUUAAGCCAACGUUUUGCGUUUGUAUGCUUUUUCCCUUCUAAACUAAUGAAGUCAACAUUGCCUGAAUGUCAGAAUAAUGAAAUAAAUCCCUGUUUAAAAUUAUGUAACUGAAGAAG